UAUAUUAUAAAUAUAACAUUUUUAUUCCAUUUAGUUUUCUUUAACCUUAUCAAGAUUACAAAUAGCUACAACUUUUCUGGCAACUUACAUGGCGGAAGGUGGUGGUUCCGGUGAUGAUACAAUUAGAGGUAGUUGUCCACGUGGCCACUGGCGACCGGCCGAAGACGAAAGGCUCCGGCAGCUUGUAGAACAAUAUGGUCCUCAAAAUUGGAACUCUAUUGCUGAAAAACUUCAAGGAAGAUCAGGAAAGAGUUGUAGAUUGAGAUGGUUUAACCAACUUGAUCCAAGAAUUAAUAGAAGGCCAUUUACUGAAGAUGAAGAAGAGAGACUUGUUGCUGCUCAUAGAAUACAUGGAAAUAAAUGGGCAUUAAUUUCAAGAUUAUUUCCUGGUAGAACUGAUAAUGCUGUGAAGAAUCAUUGGCAUGUCUUAAUGGCAAGAAAGCAAAGGGAACAAUCAAAGAUUUGUGGCAAAAGAAGCUUAUACCAACAACAACAUGAUAAUUUCCUAAGUGAUUCUAAAUCACCCUCUUAUGGUUUUCGACGAAGGAAUAACAACAACAACAAUAAUAAUUCGAAAAUACAAGAAGGUAAUUAUGGCUCCAAAAUCAACUUCUUUGAAUUUCAAAACCCUAACAAAGAUAGGGUUUACUCAAUGUCCACGUAUUCUUCUAAUUCACCUGAAUUUUGUGGAGGAAUUGGGAGUCAUUUGUUUAGAGAAAGCUCAAUAGAUCAAAAAUCCUUAUGUCUAAAUAAUUUAAGCUUUUCAACCCAUGGAAGAGAAGGAGGACGAGGAGGACGAGAUAAUAACUACAAAAGGAGUAGUACUACUUUUCAGAAUCCUUUCAGUUAUGCCGAUAGUAAUGAAUCUGACGGCUUAACUGAAAGAGUUAUGAAUAUUAGCCAUAGUACAUUUUCCUUUGGGAAAAUACUCAGGGAAAACAUUGAACGAGAAGAAGCAAGGGAAAAGAAGGAUAUUCCCUUCAUAGAUUUUCUUGGUUUGGGGAUUUCUUCUUGAUUAUCUUUUCUUCUUUGGCUAAUUUUUUGUUUAAUAUUUAACAAUUCGUUUCAUCUUUUAAUUAAAAUAUAUAAGUAUAUGUUAUGCUUCCUAGUUAUAAUUUCUUUAUCAUUCUAAUUUCACCUAUAGUUGUUGUUCAAGUGAUAGCUUAGCCUAGGAUGUUUCUUUAACCUCUAAGGUAAAAAAGUCUCUUAGGUUUUACUUAAUCAUCCUAAUUUCUUAGCAAGAUGGAUUUUGAACACUUGUAGCAUAAUAUAUGUGACAAACUUUGAUAUUAUUGAAAUAUUAUUAUAUGGACUUUGGAUUAUGUAUGUUACAUUUUAUUUUUUUACA